AUGGCAUCACAAACAUAUAGCUCGUCAAAUCGAGCCGGCGUCAAACCAUCAAACCAACCCGCUGCAUCCCCAAACUUUGCCGACCCGAGCUUCGACCCAGCCGACUUCCUUAAUGACACUCUAUCGCCGCUGACUGUGGCAUCAUUACAACCUAAUGCCUCUCGCUCACCGGGAUCUGUCCCUCUGGCAGAGCUGUCCACGCAGGUCCAGUCCCUCCUCUCCCAAAUCAGCGCUCAAAACAUCCGUCUCGAGAGCACAUUAUCCCAACUUACCGACGAAAUCCUCCGAAGCGGUGGACGAUUAGCGUAUGAAGUUGAGGUCCUACGAGGCGAGACAAUUGGGCUAUCCGAAACCCUAACCGAAGUCCUACGCGACGACAUAGCAAAGUUCGUUCCGGAUCCCUCACCAGAAGACGGGCGCAGGACCGAACAAGCAGAAGAGGAUGCACCCAAUGAAGGCGAGUCGGCAAAAACCCCAGACGACAAGAAAUCACCCGUCGUCCGGACAGACCCAGAAUAUAUAACAAACCUACGCACAUUGAAUCAAGUGCGAUCGCGCUUAGAAGACGUUGUACAGACAUUCGGCGACGCAAUGGGCUGGCCGCUGCCCCCGUCCGAGAUCUCAUUCUCAUCAUCCUUCAUUUCCGUCUCAGGACCAGACCUCGGUCCCGAAGGUCAAGACCGCGAAGAAAAGGGCCAAGAAAUGAUGAAGAAGCUACGCACAGAAGUGACCGAGUUACUCAACAGUGAGGGCGGAGGAUACGCUGGACUGGAGGCUGCCAACCGCCGCGUCGAAGCUCUACGGAGGCUGGCUACUGUGUGGAAUACAUCUGCCGAGGAAAAAGCCCGUAAUCGGUUCGUGGAUAGCCUGGCGAAUAUUGUGGAGGAUCGACGACGCAGCUUGGACCAGCAGCAAGGGGAUCAGAACCAGCGAGGACAGUCUAAGUCCAGGUCUGAGGCUCGGCGGGAUAGUGACAGUGGGGCACCGGCCGGUGGACUGUUCCGGAAUUUGCAGCGUCUGAGAGAGGAAAUUUACUUGGAAUGA